CUUCCACCUUAAUCUUUCCACGUGUCAUAUCAUAAUCCAUUGCCAACUAAGCAUCCACAACCACCCAAAAUUGAACACGUCCUAAACUCCCCUUUGAAGUAACAUUCACUCCCCUCUUAAGAGAACUAGCUUCAACUAAUUUAGUAAACCAACCAAUCAAAUUAACCCUAUUAAUCUCAAAUUCAAAACAUGCCCUUUUUUUCUUCUAUUAUAUAAAGGCCGCAAUAUCAAACCAAAACCUUAAACACAAAAACAUAACAAAAAAAUAGGGAGAUGGAGUGGACUAGAGGCAACAUCAUCGGACAUGGCUCAUCCGCCACCGUCUACCUCGCCACCUCUCGUAGCUCCACUGAUGUCUCCGCCGUUAAAUCAGCGGAGACAUCAUUAUCAAACUCAAAACAACUCCAAAGAGAACAGAGAAUUCUUUCUUCUUUGUCCUCUCCUUACAUAGUUAGCUACAAAGGUUGUAACAUUACUAAGCAAAAUAACAAGAAAUUGUUCAAUCUCUUCAUGGAGUACAUGCCCUUUGGAAACCUCUCUCAGGCGACUCGCGGUGGCCGGCUCAACGAGGCGACGAUAGCACACUACACAAGACAAAUUGUGGAAGGACUUGAAUACUUACAUUCAAAAGGUGUUGUGCAUUGUGAUAUCAAAGGUAGUAACAUAUUGGUUUGUGAUAAAGGAGUUAAAAUUGGAGACUUUGGUUGUUCAAAGAUGAUCGAUGAAAUUGCGCCGAUUGCCGGAACUCCAUUGUAUAUGGCGCCGGAAGUGGCGCGCGGUGAAGAACAAGGGUACCCUAGUGAUGUUUGGUCACUUGGAUGCACAAUUGUUGAAAUGGCAACUGGGUUUUCACCUUGGUCCAAUGUAGAUGACCCUGUUCAUGUUCUGUUUCGUGUUGCAUAUUCUGAUGAAGUUCCUAUGAUUCCUUGUUUUUUGUCUGAACAAGCUAAGGAUUUCUUGGAAAAGUGUUUUAUGAGGGAUUCUAAGUUGAGAUGGAGUUGUAGUCAAUUGUUGAAGCAUCCAUUUCUUGCUGAAUUUGAUUCUGGUGUUGAGAAAAUUCAAGAAUUUGAUACAUGUUCACCAACUAGUAUUCUUGAACAGGGCUUUUGGAAUUGUGAUGAAGAUUCAGAAAGUUUGUUUUUUGAUGAUUUGGGUAAGACUAAUUUUGUGAAUUAUCCUAUUGGUAGGAUAAAAAAGUUAGCUUUAUGUUCAAGGGAUCAUCCAUGUUGGAAAUGGGGUGAUGAUAAUUGGAUCACAAUUAGAGGGAAUGAUGCAGAUGCAGAUGCAGCAGAGGCUUCAAUUAGUGAUGAUUUAGAUAAAAGUGAUUUUAGUGAUAGAAUUAGUGGUGAUUAUUUUUGUGAGGAUUAUAAUAAUGGUAAGAUUAGGGAUUCUAGUUUUUUAGUUAAUAGUCUUAAUUUUGAGAGAGGCAUUGGAAGGUUGAUGCCCCAUUCAACAUUAGAUUUUUUAUGAUUCAGUUAUUUGGGAACUUUUUUUAUGGUUU